AUAUGGCGGAGUCUGACAGUGAAUAUGAAGAAGAGGAAACCCUAGUCAUGGUAGAGUUACAUGGGGUCAUUGACUCAGAGAUUUUUGCACAAGAUUCUUUUGAUAAGUUCAAGAUACUGUCCAUAGACUCUGAACACCCCAUUUUGCAGGUUGAAAAUUUUGUGUUCACGGGUGACUAUGAACACACAAUGGGUACAGCAGUUUUCUUUGAAGAGGAAGAUAAAAGGGUUAAGAAAUGUGAUCCUGUAUUUUGUAAGAAGCCGUCGAGAAUGCUCAAAUAUGUUUGCAAGACUAGCAAGAAGCUCACAAUGAAGCGAGUGUUUAUAUCGGAGAAGCUAGCUGAAGAUGAAGAUAACAGAAGCUUGAAGAUGGAACACUCUGAGGAUGGUGACCCGCUUGCUACAGGAUGCAGCUUAAAUGUGAGCGAUGUUGUGUCGACUGAUGAAGCAGAAGAGGCUCAUCUAAAUGAGGAUGACUGUGUGAGUGACCCAUUAUCGGUAGAAGACAUCGAUACUAGUCACACAGGUGAAGAGGAUCCUAUAAGCAAUCUUGAAUUGAUAGAUGAUCCUGAGUGUAGAGAAGUUGACAGUAGUAUGAUUUAGUUGAAAUUAGGCUUGAUAUACAGUACUGUAUUAAUUUUGUUGCAUUGACUUCAGCAUAAUCAGUACAUGCCAAAUUAACCUUUUUAUACAUUUUUUAACAUACUCUACUACUUAACCCUAUCUUUGAGUUAUAUGUUUUAACAAUUCAUUAAUUGAAAUUUAGAAUAUGGAAGUUAGAAUUAGCUAAUGUUCUUCAGGUACCUUCUAAUAUUUUGUUACAAUUGUUUGUGCAAUAUAUAUAUAUAUAUAUAUAUAUAAUAUAUAUAAUAUAUAUUAAUAUAUAUUAUAUUAUAUAUUAUAUUAUAUAUUGUAUAUAUAUAUUAUAUAAAAUACUGUAUAUAUUUUAAUGGUGAAGGAUCAGUCUUUCAACCUUCACAUUUUUCUCUGGAGAGGAAUAGGUUCAGUAGGCCUUGUAAGGAAAAUAGAAAUAAAUAUUUAACUACAGAAUAGUUUUGAGUUUGAUAUCGGCAUUGAAUAGAGGUAACACUAAAUGUUUACUCCUACAUGUAAUGGUUAACCACUUUGUACUGCUUUGCCACUGGAUGACAACAAAAUAGGAUGGUUGACUACUAUGGAAUCCAUGGAAAUUCCAUCUUAGAUAGCGUAAAACAGAAAGUGGCCCAUGACAAGUUUAAUAUUUUAGAUUUGUCAUAUUUUCAAGGUGGCUUCAGUUUGUCUUUGUGGUUACUAAGAAUUUCAUUAUAUAAUAUAUAUAUUAAAUUAUAUAUUAUAUACUUGCAUAUACAGGUAUACAAAUUUUAGGUAUUUACAGUAAUGUUUUGCUACUGUAGCUGCACAAUUAUAUAGUGUGGUUCAUGGCUCUUCUUCAGAAACUGCACUCCAUCGAUGUUCGUCUACAGUACUGUAUUUAACUCAAUUAUUCCAUGUUACCUUUAAUUUAUAUUUUACAUUUCCAUUAAAAUGGUCAUUUAAGAACAAAAUUAAUAUUAAUGUGUUAUCCUGAUUUGUUGUUUUUCAGUCAGAUGCUGAAUGUUGUUUCUUACAUUAGUGUUAAAAAAAUGAUUUUGGAUGCUCUUAAUGCAAUACCAAAAGGAAUUAUUUCCAUACUUUCCAGACCAGUAAUGUUCUUUGAAUUUUCAAUAUGGUGGAAAUUAAUACAGAUAUAUUGAUUAAACUAGGAAAAUAAAAAGUGAAUAUUUGUACUAAA